CUUACAUCAAAAUACAUGACCUCACUUUCCAAACCAACUACAGCGCAUCCAUCGACCUCCGCACCAGUAAUCCAUCACGAGCUGACAAACACCUCCACAAUAUUACUCAAAGAAACAUAUCCCCGUAAUCAUUGACAAAUUCUCCAUCAUCAUCAUCUAUCUCAUCUAUCUAAGUUCUACCCUCAUCCCUCCAUCCUUCACGAAAAUCUCAGCUUGGCUAUAUAAACCACCCAAUCACCCCAAACUACCACCGCCACUUAUCACCUCUUAAGUUGCUAGCCCAAACUCAUCCAACCCAACUCAUCCCACCAUCAUCAACCCAAUCCAACCCACCACGCAACCACCACAACGCCAUAGUACUAUAGCCUAAAAUGCCUUCCCUCCUCACACUCACGUUCCUCCUCCCCCUCUCCCUCGCAGCCACAACCCCGAUAAUCAGCUACGCAAGCUACUCAACCGCAAACUGCACGGCCCCCAUCAUCACAACCGCCAACGUCGCCGCCUUAGCCUGCGUCAACAUCGAGGACAUCCCCAUCAACUCCUUCUCGGCGUAUGUAUCCUCCGGGGCGUGCGAGGACGCGACUACGUCCCCUCUGUUGAGUCUGUAUACCGAGGCUGGAUGUGUCGAUGGGACGGUGGUUGAGAGUGUGGGUCUUGGUGCGGAGACGGAGUGCUUUCAGGCGCAGGGGGUGACGGUUGUUAGUUUGGGGGUGGAGUGUGCUUGAGAUUCAGUACACGUCUACUAUCAUACUACAUAUUAGUACUACUAUGAAGAAGUAUGAACAGAGAGUGG